GUACACCAGCGUGCCGUGACUCCACAAAUAUCAUGUGCCUGUCCUGAUACCCGCUUCGAUGCGAUUACCGGCAUGCUAGCGAAACCUUGUUAAGCGCUUUGCCGAGUUGCUUUUUACACAGUCUGAUGCCGGUAACUGGUAUCGUCAAAAGCCCAAUCCCUCUGAUAUGUCAACCUUAAAACGCUAGGGUAGUCAUCAUAAAGACAUCGUGUUGCUUGGCUCUAGCUGACCGAAGGCUGCCGCAAAAGGAGUAGACAUCAUCGCAGCCUGCAGUCUAAACUCGGCAUCGCCGACAAACACGCUGUGUACAUAAGCAUGUCUGCAAACCUUAUGGAUAAGCUUAAAUCCAAGGACGCCGUCUUUUGGGGCUGUGUAGCCGCAGCGGCGACAGCGGCCGUCGGUAUCGCUUCAGUAUAUGCAAGGAGAAACUAUGAAAUCUAUGUCCCGAUUCAGUAUCAAUACCGUCCUGGGACUAUCAGCGGGUGGCUUGCAAACGCGCUUGCGAAGCAUUCCAAGAGCCGACGGAAGAUGCGCCCCGUGCGCGUGUAUCUGGACGGUUGCUUCGACAUGAUGCACUAUGGACACGCAAACGCGUUGCGGCAGGCCAAGGCGGUUGGCGACGAGCUGGUGGUUGGGUUGAUCAACGACGCGGAGAUCCUGCGCUGCAAGGGGCCGCCCGUCAUGAACGAGGAGGAGCGAGGAACGCUCGUGGAGGCGGUCAAGUGGGUCGACGAAAUCCUCCGUGGUGUGCCGUACGACCUGAACCCCGAGUUCGUACACGAGCUGUUUACAAAGCACCGGAUAGACUACAUCAUCCACGGGGACGACCCCUGCCUGCUGCCGGAUGGCACGGACGCCUACGCGCACGCUAAGAAGCUGGGUCGCUUUAAGAUGGUCAAGCGGACGGAGGGCGUCAGCACGACCGACAUUGUGGGCCGCAUGCUGACAUGCAGCCGAGUCAACACCCUGAUUCGCGAUGACGAGCCCCACCCGCUGGCCAAGUCGUUCAGCGUGGGCACCAGCUGCGAGGACUCGAGCUGCGAGGCGGACUGCAGCGAUGAGUCCACACGCACCACGCUGUCAAAGUUCCUGCCCACCAGCCGCCGCCUGGUGCAGUUCUCCAACGGGCGGGUGGCUCCAGAGGGCGCGCGCAUCGUCUACAUUGACGGAGCGUUCGACUGCUUCCACCCGGGCCAUGUGAAGAUCCUCAAGGCCGCCAAGGCGCAGGGCGACUUCCUGCUGGUGGGUCUGCACACGGACGAGGAGGUGGAGGCGCGGCGGGGGCCGCACCUGCCCAUCAUGAACCUGCACGAGCGCAGCCUCUCGGUGCUGUCGUGCAAGUACGUGGAUGAGGUGAUCAUCGGCAGCCCCUGCGUCAUGACGGAGGACCUGAUCAAGACCUUCAACAUCAGCGUCGUGGUGCGAGGCAGCGUCUCGGAAACCAGCGCACUGGAGCCGGUCAAGGAGGAGCGCUACGCUGUUCCCCGCGCUGCCGGAAUCUUCCGUGAGCUGCCCAGCCCCUCGGACGUGACGGCACGCAACAUCAUCCACCGCAUCGUGGACAAGCGCGCCGCGUUUGAGGAGCGCAACGCGCGGAAGGUCAAGGGCGAGGAGGCAUACUACACGGGCUCUAAGACCUAUGUGCAGGAGUUGUAAGGGGGUCAGUACGCGGGAGUAGCAACGCUGACGGCAGCAGGAAACAUUCGAGGUGCGGCGGCAACAGCGGCGGCAGCGGCGGUGAAAACAUAGUGAAGAGGAAAAGGGAGCAGGGUAACAUGGAGGUAAUACACAUGGCUUCAGAUGCGGUUGCUGGUCCAAAUGCUAGGGCGCGCCGGGGAGCCUUUUAGGAAGCCGGGGUAGGCGCAUGUGGACGUUUUGCAGGGUGGAGUAUACAGGAGAGCCUAACCGUGUGACAUGUAGGCUCAAUCAUGGGUUGCCUCAUGUGGGGUGGGGGGCGGGGGCGCUGAGGGGUGGUGCCGCAUGCGCUCCGCGGUUGCGUUACCGUCCAUGGACGCUUGUCCGUGCAGAGUGCUGGUGGUAUCAGGGGUGAGUGGGACGGGGUUGAACCCGAGCUUGGCAUAAAUCAUCGGCUCGCGGCCCGACGUUCCUAGUGGUUUUGCGCUGGCUGUGAUGACCAAGUUGUGUUGCGGCCGUUGGGCUUUGCUGGCGAAGGGCGUUUGACGGACAGGCCCUACAUAGGCAAGACCACAGGCAGCCCGCCUAUUAGUAAGGCACAUGUAUGUCCAGUUGCCCGCCUUGUGCGGACCUGAUAGGCUUGGUCCAUAGUUUGGGAACUCGGGUUGAGUGGGCAAUGGCGGAAGCAGGUGCUGGAGGAAGUCGUGGCUCGGGCGGUCCUGUCAAUUGCCAGAGCUUAGGGAUUGCAUAGCCGUGACUGCUUCCUGGCGGGAGUUUGGGCGUUGCAUCCUCGAGACGUUUACUGUGCUAUUGGCUUCUGCUCAGAUUGCAGUCGGGCUGGUGCGUCUGCUAGCUUUAUUAAGAUAGCCUUAGUCCCUGCAUGGAGGGAUGGGCAGGCUAUAAUACAACAGCACCGCUACUGAGCAGUGUAUUGACCUUUACAAAUACUGGUAUCACGCAUGCAUGAUGUUAUCCAAACCGUGCCUGGGAAACGAAUGUAC